UACAAUUUUUUUUAAAACGGGCAGUAUAAGCCAACACUGUUAUACAUUUUACUUUGUUAGACUUCAGUAUAAAUUAAUAAUUUUUAGAUAGGUUAAAGAAUGAUCAAUAAUCGUUUUAAUUCGUUUAACUUAAUGAAAUAUUUAUUCGUCAUACUUACAUCAGCACAAAUAUGUUUCAAUACAAAUGCUAAUCCAGAAAUUCAACCACCUGAUUAUGACACCAUAUUUGACUAUUCAUUUUUACGAGUUGUCAGUACUAUUAAUAAUGAUAUCAAAUCAUUGUUCUAUGGGAAAAAUAAAAAAUUUAUUAAUCAUUCGCAAAUAAAUCGAGAUGACAUAAAAAUGUUAUCAAUAUCUUGUAAAGACGAUUAUGAGUGUAGACAAAAAAAAAAAUCAAGCUUAAACAAAUUAAAAAAAGAAUUAGAGUCUUUAGAGUGUUUUCAUACAUUUUUAUGUCUUCAAAUUUUAGAAGUGUUCAAAAAUGAUAUUUGGGUUAAAAAUGAAAAUCCAAAACACAUUUUUAAAAUAAAUUAUCAAAAUGUAAGUUAUUACAUAUCUAGAAUGAUUUCAUUUUUUAUUUAUGGCAAAUUUGUUGUUAAUCCUUGUCAAUAUGAUUUGGCAAUGUGUAUUAUUGAUGUAACGAGACUUCAACAACAAAAAAAAGAUACAUUGGAUGUCAGUCUAACACAUUUAAGUAAUUCUGCGUUACUAUCUUCAAUGAAUGAAUUUUGCGAUAAUUGUAAAAAAAAUAAUGAAUUUUUAAAAUCGAUUAUUUCAUUCAAAUGUAAUACUCUGGAAGGAAAAAGUAUACAAUUUUUUAUUCAAGAAAAUGUCAAAAAUUAUGUGAAGAAUAUAUUUUUAAUAACAAAUAUCCCUUGCGUAAUAGAAAUGACAAAUAUUUCUCAUGAUUUUAUUUACAAAGCAGUUAGCAAAAAGGAAGUAGCUAUGGAUAAAGAAUAUGAAAAUAAGAAAAAAGAUUUUCUACAAAGUUUAAAAUUAAUUAAAUCUGACAUUGAAACACUAAGGAUAAAUUCAAUAUAUUACGGUAAUAGUGAAUCGUUUCUAAAAGAACGCAAGAAACAUCUAUCAGCAUGUCAUUUUUAUCGUGUGUGUAAAUUUCUACAAACAUCAAGCAAAGAAGCAAUCUUGAGAGUAGUAAUGCGCAUUCCGAUUGAAAAAUCUGAGGUCUCUGAAACUGAAAAUACUAUUUCUACGCAUUAUAGAAAUACGUUUAAAUAUGGCAAAGUUAAUGAGAAGAAGGCAAAAACACUUUUCGAAAAGAGAAUGGACAUUCAGAUUAUACAAUGUGGUAUAUUUAUUGAUGAAAACUUAAAUUUUUUAGCAGCUCAACCGGAUGGUUUAGUUGAAAAAGAUGGUAUUGUUGAAAUAAAAUGUCCUUUUAACGCUAAAGAAAUGACCCCCGAAAAUGCUAUUAAACAUAAAGUGAUAAAAUAUGUGUAUUACGACAAAAAUGGAGAUCUUUUACUAAAACGUACUAGUGAAAUUUUUUAUCAAAUACAAGGAGAACUGCAUAUUACACAGAGACAGUAUUGUUAUUUAAUUAUUUGGACACCAAAAGGUAUAGUCUAUAGUACAAUUCUUCGAGAUGACAAUUUUUGGAACCAUAAUAUGAAAAAUAAACUAAUUGACUUUUACGAAAACAUUAUGUUACCCGAAAUAAUAAAUCCUCAAAUCUUUAAAAAUCUGAACAUUUCGGACAUUUAAAAUUAAAUUUAAAAUAUAAUAAAUCAUUAUACAUUCAUAUUUAAAUAAUAUUAACAAAUCAACAAAUAAUUGUAAAAAUUUAUUUAACUUUAAUAUAUAAACAACUAAAGUAGUUAAUUGAUUUAAAUUGAAUAAAAGGGCAUUUAAGUUCAUCAUUUUAAUUUUCAAAAAAUGCAGUUUAAAUGAUGUUAUAAUAUAACAUCUAGUUGUUUUAUAUGAACAUGUAGAGAUUCGUGUUGAUGGGAACCAGGCAAUGUUGAAGAAAAAAACCAACUCAAAAAGUAAAAAUACAAAACUUGUUAUUGAUUAAUCAAAAUUUUAUUUAAGUCAUUCUUUAUCUAAUAGUAAAAAAUAAUUAUACACGUGUGUUCAUGAUAAAUAAAUCACUCUGUAUUUAAUGAGUUUUAUAUUUUAAGGGU